GGCGGAACGGGACAGGACGGGACGGGCCCGGGGCCGGGCCGGGAGGCGGCGGAGCCGGGAGCGGCCAUGGGGAAGCUGCUGGCGGUGGCUCUGGUCGGGAUAGCGGCAGCCUUGGCGGCGGAGCGGCUGCUGGCGUUCCGGAACAGAUUCAAUGCUUCACGGGAAGUAGCCCCAGUGAGCCUCCCGAACUGCCGGCUCAUUAAAGGGAUUGAAGCUGGUUCAGAAGACAUUGAUAUACUUCCCAAUGGACUGGCUUUCAUCAGCUCUGGCUUGAAAUAUCCAGGAUUAAAGAGCUUUGCUCCAGAUAAGCCAGGUGAAAUAUUUUUGAUGGAUUUGACUGAAGACAAUCCCCGAGCAGUGGAACUGAGAAUCAGCCGAGGGUUUGAUCUGGCAUCAUUUAACCCUCAUGGAAUCAGCACCUAUAUAGACAGAGAUGACACCGUGUACCUCUUUGUUGUGAACCAUCCCCACCAGAAGAGCAUGGUAGAAUUGUUUAAAUUUGUAGAAGAUGACAAUUCUCUUGUACACCUGAAAACCAUUCAACAUGACCUUCUGACAAGGUAUGUCUAUAUUGCAGAUGCAUUGGAUCAUAAUGUCCAUGUCAUGGAAAAACAUGCUAACUGGAGUUUAACCCAUGUGAAGACACUGCAGCUGGACACUCUGGUCGAUAACUUGUCUAUUGACCCUCACACUGGAGACAUCUGGGCAGGAUGUCAUCCCAAUGGGAUGAAGCUGUUCUACUAUGAUCCUGAAAAUCUUCCUGCAUCUGAGGUCCUGCGCAUCCAGCACAUCCUCUCGGAGCAGCCUGUGGUGACACGUGUCUACUCUGACAACGGCUCUGUGCUGCAGGGAAGCUCAGUGGCGUCCAUCUACGAUGGGAAACUGCUCAUUGGCACAGUCUUCCACAGAGCCCUCUACUGUGAUCUAUAGCUCCUCACGGGCAAGACCUGCUGCUGUGGAAAGGACUUAAUUCCUUGGGAAUUCAUUUAGUUUCUGCUAGAUCUGCUAACAGCAAGACUGUUCCAAUAAAAGUUAACUACAGUAAUGGAAAUGUAUUUUAGUCUUCCUCUCCAAAAUGAGACUUCUACACUAUAGUAAAGAACAUGGAAUUGAAGGUGAGAAAUUAGUUUAUCUAUGUAAUGGGGAGGAAGUUUAAUUUCAGAUUAUAAAUAACUAAACUGUCAGACACUGAACUAUAUGCUAGCUGGAUUUUUGGUUUGUUGUUUGGGUUUUUUUCCCCCCCAUGAGAAAACUGAUUUUGUAAAUGAUAAUUGCUGACUACCAGUGUGGUGUGCAUUCUUGUCACUGAUCCCUGGGCCUUCCCAGGGACUGUGCUGGGGGUUUUCUUCCAAACCUUCCCAUUGUCUUUUCCUAAUGCUUCCAAAAUAACGGAAGGAGAAUAAAUGUCAUUUCAGUCUCA